AUGGAUGACUCUGCACUUGCUCGCGUUGAGCUGCAUCGAGCCGAGCUCGAGAACAACAUUGCAAAACUCCGCAAAUCCCUGCGACACUGGCAGACACUUGAGAUCGAUUACGAGGGGCUCAAAGAAGAGUUCCUGGGUAUUCCCGAAGAUGCCUCUGCCGAUGACUGCCUUCUAGUAGCAAGAGCCUUCAAGCCAGACAUCAUCGAUGAGAAUGAGUUGCAGGAACUUCUGAGGGAUAAAAAUUCCCGGCCUCGCCGUCCUCCUCAACUGGCGGAUUUGUUGUCAAAGCGUGUAGACUACGUCACUCGAAAUGUCGAGACAAUCAGAAAUCAGCUCUCAGACGCAGAAAAGAAGAGAAAUGCUCUUCUUCUUGCAGAGGAGCCUGAUCAUCGAGAUGAGGCCGGCCUCCCUCUGGCCGAAAUCACCGAGGAGCUCGAUGACUCUGGGCAGGUGAUAUCCAGCAAAGUGGAUAAUCCAGGCGCCGACGCUCCUCAGCUAAUAGAUGUGUUAAAGAAGGCCGGUGUGCAUGAUCUGGAAGAGACGAAUGGUACAAUCACGAACACCACCCCGGCGAGCAAGGAUGUGAAUGAAAAGAUUCCUGCAUCAUUUUUGGAUGAGGAUAAGGCCGAAGAGAGGACUUAUCUCAAGGAUGUACAAGAUACUGGUACAAGCCAGAAGGCGAAGCCUUCAUCAGAUCUCUUCCCAACAAAUCCGAACGACACGGAAGCCGAGGCUGAGUUACGGCGAGAAAUGCUUGAAUACUCACGGGGCCUGGACGAAGUCGGAGCCAUUGUAGCCGAGCUUGAGUUAGAAAAAAACGCUUCAGAUCUUUCUUACGACGAAGAUGAGGUCGACCUGGACUUUGACUCUGACAUGGACCUUGAGGAGGAUUUUGAGGAGGACGAGUCGGAAGAUGAAUCUGGCAAGAGCAAACAUCCUCUCUCUUUGCCGCGAGGCUAUCAAAAGAAAAUGGAGCAAUUGCAGGAGAGACUAGGGCUAAAGAAUGUUGGGCCUCAGCCGGAAGUUGAAGCAAUGAUCGACCAACUCAAACAAGCAGAGCGGCCACCGGCAGCCGAAGCAGCACGGAAGGCAGCAAUCGCCAGACACGAGAAAUCUAAAAGGGGCAAUCUGAAGAGUGCUAUGAGUCAGCCUCCGGAAGUCGACGAAUCAAUCAAGGAGAAGCCCAGCAAGAAGAAAGUGGCGUUCUCCGCAGAAUUGGAUGUCGCCCCCGAGAGGCCUCAUGCAAGUAUAAAACCUCUGUCUACCAAAUCAUCUCUCAAAGACAGUCAAAAACCAAAGUUACGGCCGAUUAAAGAUUCAGUUAUCGAGCGAGUGACUGACCAAGAUGAGAAAGAGCUUGCUGUCCCAGCUGCUCCGGCACCAAAGGCGGCCAAACAAUCAAGGUUCAAGGCUACGCGCCAAUCUCUAACACAGACGCCCAAGUUCGCUCCUCCUAUGACAUUUCCGUCAGAAAGCAUCAAAGACGAAGACUCCUCUCCUCAGCCUCCAUCCAAAAUCAUCUCUGCGAAACUAGUUGAGCGGCCGUCCCCAAAAGUAACGAAAGCCCCCGGUCCGGAUGACUUCUCGGAGGAGGACCACCGGCGAGAGAUUGCGAUGGAAUAUCAGCAACACAGAAUGAAGCGAAUACUCUCCCAAGAGGGGGGGUUCCUGGGUAAUAGUGAAGAAGGUGAGAUCACCCCUUUGGAAGACGAGAACGGGCGGAAAGUCAGCAGAUUCAAGGCUGCGGGAAUCAAGUGA